AUGUUAACUGGCGAACAACGCUUGGUUUUUGAAGAGAUUAUGGUAGCAGUUAUCGGUAAGAACGGUGGGAUUUUUUUCUUUACGGAUGGUGGCAGGACUGCACAUUCCAGGUUUCACAUACCUUUGAAUCUUACUGAGGAUUCGAUAUCCGGUUUGGAGAGUAAAUGUAAACUGCUAAGAUUAACAAAAAACAUGAGGUUAACCGUUGGAAGAUCUACAUCGACUGAAAAAAUAAAUAGUUUUGCCAAAUGGCUAUUGGAUUUGGGUGAGGGAAAUGUUGGUGGUCCAAAUGACGGAGAAACAACGAUUGAAAUACCACAAGAUCUUCUGAUUACCGACGCAUCUGACCCAAUUGCAAGUUUAAUUGAUUUUGUUUAUCCAUCAAUCUUGGAAAACGUCAACAAUCAUAAUUAUUUUAGCGAGCGGGCUAUACUUGCACCUAAGAAUGAUGUUGUGCAUGAGAUUAAUGACAGGUUGUUAUCAAUGUUUCCAAGCGAAGAAACAUAG